CACGUAAACCAUGGUUAAAGAAUGGACCAUCCUUAACCGCACACUGAAGUUAAGAAAAUAUCCAAAUCAAGCGACCGACCAGAACACGUGUACGGUAAGAUUUCGUUACAACCGCCUCAAGGAUUGUUAGAAAAUUAGGGUUCGUUUGUGAGAUAGGAAUCCUUAUCGUUACUUUUCACCUGAAACUCGCCGCUUUUUCUAUCGAAAUCCCUUUGAUUUUUGGUGUGCAAUCAUGGAAAUGGAACGCAUCGUCGAAUUCUCUCGCACUUACAUGGAUCGCCCCCCAAGGAAGAGGGCGCGGUUGGGCUGGGACAUCGUUGAGGUCCCAAAGGCUCAGGUAGGAUUAUUUUGUGCACAAGAGGUUGAGAAUAUUUCAAGCUAUGCUCCUUCAGAACAUAUCUCUAGUUCUCUAUUUAAGGGAGUUGCUCGAAAUGGUUCUCCCCCAUGGCGAGAUGACGACAAAGAUGGCCAUUACAUGUUUGAGCUUGGAGAUAAUUUAACUUCUCGCUAUAAGAUCCACGGCAAAAUGGGCGAAGGAACUUUUGGACAGGUAUUGGAGUGUUGGGACAGAGAAAGGAAGGAAAUGGUUGCCAUAAAAGUUGUUCGUGCUAUAAAGAAGUAUCGAGAGGCAGCCAUGAUUGAAAUUGAGAUGCUGCAGCAACUUGGGAAACAUGAUAAAGGGGGCAAUCGUUGUGUGCAAAUACGGAACUGGUUUGACUAUCGUAAUCAUAUAUGUAUUGUGUUUGAGAAACUUGGACCAAGCUUAUACGAUUUUCUUCGGAAAAACAAUUAUCGUUCAUUUCCCAUUGAUCUUGUUCGCGAGAUUGGAAGACAACUAUUGGAAUGUAUAGCAUUCAUGCAUGACUUACACAUGAUCCACACUGAUCUGAAACCGGAAAACAUACUUCUGGUUUCAUCCGAGUAUCUUAAAAUCCCUGACUACAAGAGCUCAUCCAGAUUACCAUGCUCCUUUUUCAAGAGAGUGCCUAAGUCAAGUGCCAUAAAGGUUAUCGAUUUUGGCAGCACUACUUAUGAACGGGAAAACCAGAACUACAUUGUAUCAACACGUCAUUACCGGGCACCUGAAGUUAUCCUUGGACUUGGGUGGAGCUAUCCAUGUGAUAUAUGGAGUGUGGGAUGUAUAUUAGUCGAGUUGUGCACUGGGGAAGCUUUGUUUCAGACUCACGAAAAUUUAGAGCAUCUUGCCAUGAUGGAGAGGGUUCUUGGUCCAUUACCGCAGCAGAUGUUGAAGAAAGUUGACCGACAUGCUGAGAAGUAUGUCCGAAGGGGGAGAUUGGACUGGCCAGAAGGUGCAACUUCAAGGGAGAGUAUUAAAGCUGUAAUGAAGCUUCCUCGACUGCAGAACCUUAUAAUGCAGCAUGUCGAUCAUUCAGCUGGAGAUCUUAUACAUCUUUUGCAGGGUCUACUUAGAUAUGACCCCUUUGAAAGACUUACAGCUAGGGACGCCUUAAGACAUUCAUUCUUUAUGAGAGAUCACCUUAGGAGAUGAUUAUCCAUUUUUAGAGAUCUAGUGUCCAAGUUGAAUCUGUCAAAAGUGAAAAUAUGGGUGCGUGGAGGAGGAACGCUUGUAAUUAAUAUGUGGGUUUAGUUGAUAAGGGAGGAUGGUUAUACAGCAUCACUUUCCCCUCCAAGCAUGUUUGACCCAAUACUUAUUUAUUUUUAAAAUUUAUUGAACAUGUAUUCUUACAAACCCGUAAUCUGCGGGUAAUGUACAAAACAAAUGUAGUGUUUUUAAGGCAUUAUCCAUAAUUAAGGGGUGGACAGAAACACCUAAUCUGACCCGAAAUCAAAAAACCAGAACCGACCGACCAUACUUCAAUAUGUAGAAAAAAAUAGUAUUAAAAUACUGAACGAUUUAAGCCUCCAUCUUAA